ACGGAAAGGAUUCGUAUGGCAGUAAUUGAGUCACACGUAGAUACUUUAUUCUAGAGAAAGGUUCGAAACAAAAAACGCAGUUAUACAGCAAACCCCAUAAAAAAAAAAAAUAAUUUAAGAAAAACAAAUAUUUCUAGUUAAAUAGUAUUUAGUGUAUAAAUAUUAGUGUAAAUUUCAUGUUAAUAAUUCACAAAUUAUCAAAUGUUGGUUCAUUUUAAUGCUUUGGAAAACACAAAUGUUACGUGAAAAGUGUAAAAGUUUCGAGCAUUUACAACCCGAUUAAGUUGUAUGGAAAGUUGAAUAAAUCUGUGAAAAGUUGCAGUUUUUAUACGAAAAUUUUCAAUGAAAAUUACGCUUAAAGAAUUCCCAUAACAAAUACAAAACGGAAAGAAUUCAUUUGAAGUCAAAUCGCUAGAAAUUGUGACAAAUCAGAAAAUAUCCUGCCUUUGUUAGAAGUGAAAGUGAUUAGUGAAAAGUUUCGGAAAUGAUAGUAACUUCGAAUGUGGAUAACUACGCAUUAAAUGGAACUGUUGAAAUUACUACAGUAUUGUCUGCUGUAUUUGGUGUAAUAGCUUUAAUGCUAUUGUUUUUUCUGUAUGUUAAUCGAAAAUGGUGUUUUCAUGCCCGUCGAGGAUUGCACUGUUGCGAUGAGAAACAUUUGGCAUCAAAAUGUGUACAGAAACUAUCAAGAAAACGUCGCUACGAUAACACAAGUUCCGAUUCGGAGGAGGAUAUUUUAAGAAGAUUACGUUUACAACAGGCGCGCAUUGCUUCGUCUGGAAGAGGGAGCGGAAGUUUCACCAACUAUGGCAUCAAUCAAUUAAAUCCAUUGUCACAAAAUUUCAAUUAUUUUAAUAGUGAUCUACAACGUGUCACUGUAACACCGAGGGAUUCUUCGAAAGAUCCAUUGGCCAUAGCGGAACGUGGUAAAGUUGGCAUACCAUCGUCACACAGUGAAUGCAGUUCAAAUGAUUCCGUAGAGGCAUCAAUUGAUAGUCACACAGGAAUAAUUAGUGGCGAAAAGAAAGAACGACAUGCUUCGAUUAGUAAGACUUCCGAUAUAUCACAGAGUGCUUCGCUGAAAGAGUCACGCAUUGAUCUAAAUGCAGAACCAAUAAAAACAACAAAAUAUCAGAAACUAACAACAGCAACAACAACAAGUUCAAAUGCAACAACGCCACCACGCCAAGGAAGUUUGGAGGAAGUGUCCACUGUACAAGCAUGCAACAACAAUACACAAACUAGUAACAACACCACCACCAGCAACAACAAUAAUAACAACAAUGAAGAUGAACCUUUAUUUGAUACCAGCGAUUUAAGAUCAAUUAAAUCCGAUGAUAUCUCACUUCAGACCCAGUGUUAUGGCAAAUCGGGCAGUAUUGAGAUUUCGCUUUUGUACGAUGCACCCAUGCGCAAGAUGACGGUGCAUGUAUUACAGGCCCGUGGUCUACCCACAUUGGGCAAUGGCCAACAGUGUCACACGCAAGUGCGCCUUCUUAUGCUACCUAAUAAGAAACAGAAACACAAGACCAAAAUACGAUCGGGCGAGAAUCCCCAAUAUAUGGAGAGUUUCCUGCUGCAUCGUGUUACACCCGAAGAGGUGAAUAAUAUGGGCCUGCGUGUACGUUUGUAUGGCUGCGAACGUUUGCGCAAAGAACGACUGAUCGGUGAAGCAUAUGUUAGCUUUGCUACCAUAGAUUUGGAAUUAGAAACAAAUCUAUGGCUUCCAUUGGAGCCAAGAAAUACAUCAUCGAUUUUGGGAUCAUCCAGUGAUCUAUUAAGUUUAGCCCGUUCCGAUAGUGCCGGCUCGACCACUUCAAUGCAACAUGGAGGUGUACCCGAGCUACUUUUAGGUUUAGGUUAUAAUGGUACCACAGGACGAUUAACCGUUGAAAUUGUCAAGGGAAGUCAGUUUCGAACGCUGUCCAUUAACAAGGCGCCAGAUACAUAUGUUAAGUUAUGCUUAGUUAGUAGUAUAGGACAAGAGAUAUCCAGAGCGAAAACAUCAACGAGACGUGGCCAACCAAAUCCUCUGUUUAAAGAGACAUUUGUAUUUCAGGUGGCCUUGUUUCAACUGAACGAUGUGACGUUAAUGGUUUCCGUUUACGCUAAGCGUAAUAUGAAGAAGAACGAAAUGGUUGGUUGGUUUAGCUUGGGCCUUAAUUCAUCGGGCCCCGAAGAGGUGGCCCACUGGGUGGAUAUGCGUGAUAUGGCCAAAGGUGAGCUGCUGGCACGAUGGCAUGUCCUUGUCGAUUCCUGAUUCGAACAGUUGGGACAAUCUUCCAGACGUGGCAGUGGCCUGGGUUUGCUGGCCUCGUUCGCCACAAUGAAAGAUAAGUCCAAAAGUAAAAAGUCCAAGGAUGACGAUGAUGCAGCAGCAAAACCAGACGUUGUGGCUGUUGAUAUAGAGACUGGCCUUGAAUUGGAUUUUGUUUAGACGUGUAAAACCCUUGUCCCUUGUCUCCCAUUGAUACAUACACACCAAUGUACACUUGCCUGCGUCACAAUCAAAAUCCAAUUCUAUUAAUAAUUAACUUUUUUCGAAUCAACAUUUUUGUGGUCAAAAAAAAAGAGAAAUACAAAA